AUGCAACUUGGCAACCGCCGUCCUUCAAGACUGCUUCUGGAAAGGCGGAAUAAAGCUGGCGCGAGAAUUAUCGAUGAGCUUCUUAAAUCUUUAUUUUUGCAGAGGUUGCCUACUAAUGUUCAACAGAUUUUGGCGAUUUCCAACGAUAACCUGGACAAGCUGGCGGAGAUGGCGGAUAGUAUUAUGGCUAUGACAACUAACGCGAACUCAGUCAGCGUGGUUGCUGGUUCGACGGAACAGACGGAUUUACGGUCUUUAUUGACAGCGAUCACAGCUCGUCUCUCACGGUUGGAAGCCCGUACAAGUGACCAGUCAAGAAGUACUAGUCAGAAACGCUCUACUAGCCGAAGCCGACAGUCUGCAAAUUCACAGUAUUGCUGGUACAUAAAAUAUUCAAACAACGAGCGACAAAAUGCCGACCUCCAUGUUCGUUCCAACCGAAAACUGCUGAGAACUGCUUUGCACUUUAUAUGCUUCGAACUAAACUACUUCAAACAAUUCAAAAUGAACGGCGUAUUGUUAGUUUUGUGUCUGGCUGUUGCUUCAACUGCAGCAUUGCCUACUGAUAUUGGCCGAACUUCUGUGCUCGAUUAUCUUAAAGAACUUGAAGAUGUUGUGCAAGAAGAUGGAAAAAUCCUUAUUGGAAAGAUGAUUAAUGUCAUUCACCAUGUUGAGAGUGGUGUUCUGCAAGUAAAAGCUGUUGUUCCAAAAACCUAUGAAAAAGUGCAUCAGGAAGCUGAUGAAGUCUUAGCUGGACUCAAGAAAGUAACUGAAACAAUUGAGGAAUUUUUGGGAAGACAAAACGUUCAGUUCGGUUUCGAUCUUUUGGGAAGUUUGACUGAACUCUCUGGAGGAACCAAGUUGAGCACAGCUUUGAACCUUUUGAGCUUGGCUGAUAAAGCUCACAGAGUUGUAGAAGAUGCUAAAGAAUUCCAACCAAAGCUUGAAAAAACCCUCAACAAAAUUCAGGAUCGUAUUGAAUCCCACGUCAAGGAUUUCGCUACUCAUGUUCUUAAGGAACUCGGUCUUCAAGGUAAUGAUGAUAAAGAUACUGCACAAAGCAUUGUAAAGAAGAUUGAAGAUCUUUUUGAGAGAGUUGAGCAUGAAGGUCACAUUCUGAUCUUGGAUCUUUUGCACAAAAUGGAAGCAACUUUGAACUUGUUGGAAGAAAAACUGCCUCAAGAAUACGAAAAGUUGAAGAACUCUGUUGCUGAAGUUCGAUCUAAAAUUCACGACUUGGUCAACGAAAUUGAAAAAACCUUAGUUAUGAGAAGCUUCAACUUGUUAGAUAUUGGUGGCAACCUAGGUGAAGGAACUUCCUUGGGAACAGCAUUCAAGGUAAUGAGCCUUUUGGAUAAAUUCAACCGAGUUGUUCAAGAUGCCCGCACAUUCAGUCCUAAGGCAGAAGUUUUUCUUCAACACAGCGUAAAGAAAGUUGCUGAUGCUGCUCAAGAUUUCUUGAAUCACGCUGCUCAGAAACUUAUUGCUUAAACUACUUUUCUAACAAAAUGUG